CCGCUGCCCAGCCCACAGCUCCGACCCCACAGGGAGAUGCUGCCAGCCACAUCCAAGCUCUGCGCUGCCAUCUCCUACCACCACCUGCGCAACAUGACCGGUCUGAGGAGACAAGCUGCUGUGGCCAUCAGCCAGGAGCUGAGCAGGCUGGCCAGCCGCAGCCCGGGACCCGGCACCUGGAUCCACCAGGUGCGCAGGAGAAGCUCCUUGCUCAGCUCGAGGCUGGAGGAGAAACCCUUCAGCGAGAUGGAAAUGUCUUACAUCAAGCAAGGGGAGGAAGCGCUGCAGAAAUCGCUCAGAAUCCUUGAGGACCAGGACGACUGGAAGACGGAGACGGUGGCG